CAAAUGUCUAUGAGUUUGACCCCGAAGCUCGUGUCCCGCUCCCGAGCAGAAGGAGAGUGUGGUGUAGGGCUAGGCCCUUAGUUUUCGGUCUUCAUCCCGUUGAGUAAAAUGGGCACAAUAGAUAAUUAAACGAACAGAAGAAAUUCGUUCUCAAGUGCGGUGUAAUUUGAACUUUUGUGUCAGAAAAAGUUUAUUGAAUAAAACAUGGCGAAUUCAAAUCGUGAAAGUGUUAGUACUCGCUUUUCCGAUAAUUACGAAAUUAAAGAAGAACUCGGAAAGGGUGCUUUUUCAGUGGUGAAGCGCGCAGUUCAAAAAGCAACAGGAUACGAGUUUGCGGCCAAAAUUAUAAACACAAAAAAACUCUCGUCCAGAGAUUUUCAAAAGUUAGAAAGGGAAGCCCGGAUUUGCCGAAAAUUACAACAUCCUAAUAUCGUCAGACUACACGAUUCUAUUCAAGAGGAACACUAUCAUUACCUUGUGUUUGACUUGGUAACAGGUGGUGAACUAUUUGAAGAUAUAGUGGCACGAGAAUUUUAUUCUGAGGCAGAUGCAUCCCACUGUAUUCAACAAAUUUUGGAAUCCGUGCACCACUGUCAUCAUAACGGUGUUGUUCACAGAGACUUAAAGCCUGAGAAUCUUUUAUUGGCAAGCAAGGCUAAAGGAGCCGCUGUGAAAUUAGCUGAUUUUGGAUUAGCUAUUGAAGUUCAAGGCGAUCAACAGGCCUGGUUUGGAUUUGCAGGUACCCCUGGCUACUUAUCACCUGAAGUGUUAAAAAAAGAGCCAUAUGGCAAACCAGUAGAUAUUUGGGCGUGUGGUGUUAUUUUAUAUAUACUACUUGUGGGUUAUCCACCGUUCUGGGAUGAAGACCAACACCGAUUAUACGGCCAAAUCAAAGCUGGUGCGUAUGACUAUCCAUCUCCCGAAUGGGAUACGGUGACACCUGAGGCCAAGAGUCUCAUUAAUCAAAUGUUGACUGUAAACCCAAGCAAGAGAAUUACUGCCUCCGAAGCUCUGAAGCAUCCAUGGAUUUGCCACCGCGAACGUGUUGCUUCGGUUAUGCACAGGCAAGAGACCGUGGACUGUUUAAAGAAGUUCAAUGCACGCCGCAAAUUAAAGGGCGCUAUAUUAACCACAAUGCUUGCGACCCGCAACUUUUCUGGAAAAUCUAUGGUCAACAAAAAAGGGGACGGUUCGCAAGUCAAAGAGUCAACGGAUAGUAGUACCACUUUGGAAGAUGAAGAUUUGGAUAAAGAUAAGAAGGGAGUCGACCGAGCAUGCACAGUCAUCUCUAAAGAACAUGACGAAGAGGGGCUGACCAAAGCAGACUCUUUUGGAAAGGUUCGGGGUGACAGCAACGCUUCUUUACGUCGCGCAGAAGUUAUAAAAGUAACAGAAAUUCUCCUAGACGCCAUUAAUAAUGGCGAUUUUGACACAUACUCCAAAUUGUGUGAUCCUCAUGUGACGUCAUUUGAUCCCGACGCUCUAGGUAAUAUGAUUGAAGGUGUAGAAUUUCACAAAUUCUUUAUUGAUAAUACGCCUACACACGUGAAAACGAAUACCACCAUUAUAAAUCCUAGAGUACAUCUGCUCGGAGAGGAUGUUGCCGUGAUAUGCUACGUGUGUGUCACACAAAGUGUAGAUGCAGAAGGUCGGCGUGCCACUAAUCAAUCUCAAGAAACAAGGAUCUGGCAAAAACGCUAUAAUAAGUGGACUGCAGUUCAUUUCCAUCGCUCCUAACUGGUUUAUUUCCACAAAAGCUAUCCGAUGCUUGAGGAAUAUGGUCUCAAAAAAGAAGAUUUAUUUACAUAAAUCUGGUGAUGUCUUCAAAACUAUUAUAACUUUUCAUCAUUAAACAGAGACCAUGAAGGCAAUUCCUUGGCAAACGAAUAAGAAUAAUAUAUUAAAAUCUUAAUAUUUAAUUCUGCUAUAAAACUUACACGAAUUUUACUAGUAAUUCUUUGUAAUCUCAAGGAAUUAAGUUAACUUAAUAUAGGUAAUCAAUCAGUUAUAAACAAUUCAAUUGCUACAUAUUUCUUCUGUAACACUCAAGUCCCAAAAUUUACUUAAAAGAUUUUGUGAAAAUGUGAUACCGGUUAAAUAUCCAAUGCUUUAUGCUAGUGAUAGGUAAUGAUCUCGUUCAUGAUCGAAAAAUUUCAACGAAUCUUUACGAUUACCUAAAUCGUUGGUGAUCACUGAAAGAAAAGUAAUCUCCAAGAUGCCUCAGAUCUGAUACUACUGAAUCUUAUUCAUAUAUAAGUACCUAUAAAUCAGCAGAAAUUUUCAAUGUUUAGAAUUAUUAGCACAUUUCUCAAUAAGUCUCUCUACAUUUUUAACUAUGAAUGUUUUGUCGUGCUUAAAAAUGGUGUUCUAUUUGUUAUUGAAUACCUAGCUAAUAAGAUUUAAGUAAGUACCUAAAUAUUAAUAAUGCAGUUAUUGGCACUACACAUACAACAUUAAAAUUAUAUAUAUAUUUAUUUAAAUAUUAUUACUAACUACUAUAAAUUAUGGACAAUAUGAAAUAUUACCUACUUCUUUUCAAGUAUGUCAGUCUACCUACCUAUUAGUAUAGUUCAUUUGUAAAGUUUUAAGUGAAUUAUAUCAAUUUUGUCAAUUUUAGAAUUUUAAAGUUGUUAACAUUACUGUGCUUUUGCUUUAAAUAUUCAAAAAAUAUGUUAGUGAUUGCUUAAAAUUAUUUACUAUCUAAAUUGAAACCUGAUUAUUUACAAAAAUUUAAUUUUGUUAUUAGUUAAUACAGUUAAUCUUGAUAAUUUUUCGUAAAACAUUUCUAAAGUGAUAACUGUGCAUAGGAAUGGACUGCAUGAGAGACUCAAUUUUAUGAGGGGAGCUUUUGUCGAGUGAUAUUAAAUGUAUAAUGGUAAUAAUUGCACGGUUUCACUUGUGAAGUGUGCUAAUGUAAGUCUGCAAGAAACUCAGUAUUUUCUAGAAGUAAAAUUAGAUAUAAAUGACAUUUACCAAUGUUUUUACAAUUUUGUAAAUGGUAGCAUAGUUAGCAAAACCUAAUUUAUAAAUAUAUACUUCAAAAAUAAUUGGAAUUGUAAUUAUAAUAAAUUGCAUAAUAUAUAACUUAUUUGUGAUUGUGGUGAUAUAUUCACUGUAUGCAGAGGACAUAGUUGUGCCAUUACAAUUGAAUUUAGUGCCAAUAACUGUAAAAAAUGUAUUCUAGUCUUUAUUGUUACGCGUAUUUAGAAUUUAAUCAAUGUUUUGAAUUUAUUUAAAAGUUAUACCUACAUACCUGAGAACAUACAUGUACAUAAUAUUAAUCUAUAGAAAUGAUUGGCACUUUGAAUGUCUGAGAGUGUUGUCAACCAAAAUAAUUACACAUAUAUCAUUUUAGUAGGUUAUAUUAUUUUGACUCUUACAUUGUUAUAUUUUUGUUACAUUAACAAUUUAGUUACAUAGGUACCUAUGGCUUCUCUAGAUUAUUGUUAAUAAUUGUUGCUGAAAAAAUAGUAUUGCCAACUUGGCUUAAGGUAUUAUGUCCAAAUUAGUCAAAUAGGAGUUUAUUACAGCUUCAGUUGACUAUUGAAAAAAUUACCUACAUAUUAUAUGUUUUAAAUCACAAUAAAUUAGACUAGUCUUAUGUUAAGAUUGAAGUAUUCCUAAGGACCUUGUCCAGACAACAUUUACAUUGUUUUAACAGGUGUCUAUAAUCUAUAUAUUACCUAACUGAAUGGUUAAAUUAAAUUAAUAUAUUUGAUUUUAGGUGUAAUAAUUAGGUACCUAAAUAAAAGUAUUUAAGUAUCUGAAUACCCAGAAAUUGUUGGUUUUGUUUGUUACUAACUCGAAUAUUUAUGAGUAUAAUACUUAUAUAAUGAUUAUAAUUAUAGGAACACCUCUAUUGUGAACUAAUUGAAUUGUAUCCUGCUAAAGUUAGAGUAACUUAAUAGAAUUUGUUAAAUUAUAACAACAUAAUUAAUUCAAACAUAUGUUGAGUUUAGUAAUUAUAGUUGCACAAAUGUGUCAUGUACCUAAUAGUUAAUACAGUUUCUCACAAUUAAAUUUCUUAAGAAUGUCUAGAAAUAACCAUUAAUCACAUUAUGGUGUUGUCUUCCUUUAACAGUGUUCCAAUACAAAAAUUAUUACAUAAUUCUCUUUUUUAAAAUAACAAUGCUGUUUUAAAACAUUUAAAUACAACUCUUCAUUGUUAUAACACUUUUUCCUGAUUGCAUGCACUAACCUUCUGGCUUUAAUAUUAAGGGGGGCUUUAUUAAUAAAUAUUUGUCUAUUGGCUGAAAUUAAUCAUAACAAUUAACUAGAACAUUAGGUUUUGAUGAAAUUAUGUACUUACAGUUUAUUAUGUAUACUUAAUUGAAAUUACCAUAAUAUAAUACAUAAGCACAGUAUGCACCUACUUGUGAAGAUAUCUAGUAGUUACCUCUUUGAAAAAAUUGAUAUACACUCCUUCAAUGUGCUUCGUUACUCUAAAAUAGAUGAAUCAGUUUAUGAUCAGAAUAUGGGUGCAGUGCGUAAUUGUAUUAGAUUAAUGAAAAAAUAUUUUAAAAACCAUUAUGUUUGAAUUGUAAACUUUCAUAGCAAAGUACAAUUUUUAAAUACAAUUUUGACCAUUCAGCUAGAAAUUGUAUUAAGUGCAUACUAAUUGGAGCGUCUGUGUUAGCCUAUAUACAUUAUAAUAAAAUUACUAUAGAAUGUACUUAAAUUGAGUGAAUAGUAAUAUUUAGUUUGAAUUAAAAUAAAUAUUGCACCCCUGCCUAGUAAUAUGAGAUUGUUUUGUGGCAUAGCUAGGAUUUAACCAAGUAUUUCAUACUUUAAUGCACCACUAAAUUAUUUUAAAAUUUCUCUAUGAUUAUGAUGGUGGUUUGACGUAGCAUAAAAUGAAAAUGUGGAAGUGUAGGUGUAUUAAACAUUUGUCAGUAUAUUUCUAUUUGAAAUAAUUUCUUAAAACCUCUGCAUUGCCGAUUAUAAUGUAACAUUCUCUAAAAUAAAGUUUUUUUGAUCUACAA